GAAGUCAGCUUUAAGUGGCUCGUAUCGGUGAUUAGGUCCACAGUGGUAGUACGGCGGUACGCCCCAUUCUGACCCGUAUCUUCACGGAUUAUGUCGAAAAGCAUGGUAAGGACUAAAUUGUUGAGAAGAUCUGCCCUUCCACUACUUCCAUAGGGACGUGGUGCAGGACACUUGGAUCGCUGCCAUGGACGAAGGACCGGAGACAGAGAAGGUCAGGAACUUCAACGACUACGUCACGAGUACAUGGGUGGACUAUGAGGCACAAUUUCCGGUACGGAUCUCGACGCAGUAUGGAAAUAUUGGCCCGCGGACUAACAACCACCUUGAGGGGUGGCACCUGAAGCUGAAAAACCUUAUUGCCAAAGCCCACCCAAACAUCUACCUCUUCAUCUGCAACAUCAAGAAAAUCGAAGCCGUAGACAAAGCUAAACGUGCUCAGCUCGACUGUGGUGCCCUCCCCAAGUCACGCAAGCGUGUUUACAGAGAGCUCGAUGCGAGACUUCUGAGACUGAAGGAGCACCUCCAGAGCGGCAGAAAAACGCCUCUUCAGUACCUUGAUGCUGCUGGACAUCUCAUCAAGUUUGCAACGUGAUUGUCAGUUGUGAGUGAAAAGACUGUAAGACCACUGAAAGACUAUAAAACCUUUUUUCAUGAUAAAUCCAUGUCUCCAUGUAAAGUCUGAGAAUUCUCAGAAUGAAUAAAGAUGUCCUACCAACCAA